UUGUACAUUCAACGGGAUUCGGGAACAUGCUAUACCAGCGACUUCCAAAUCUCGAGACAUUUGAAUCUGAUGCUAAUAGUAGCAUCAUUUCAUAUCAGUUCUAUAUCCUGUACAUCGCGCUUCUCCCUCAAGCAAACAAAAGUCCUCAUUUCGAAGAACCUUAUGGUUCAGACUAGAAGGUCCACUGCCGCCGCUGCACCAAUCACCUCAAUGUCAUCCGAUUUUCAUUCGGAGUCCUUCAAACGUCGAAAAAUAGCACCAGCAGAUGAAUCGGAAAUUGGUACAUCCACGAAGGAACCCACACGCCGCAAGAAGCGGACAAAGACGGAGGAUAAACCUUUGACGGAAGAAUUUCCAGUACGCAUAUCCAGUCCGUGGAAGAUUGGAGCGCAUGUAUCAGCCGCAGGAGGUGUCGAGAAUGCUGUUCAAAAUGCAGCGAUGGUUGGCGCCAAUGCAUUUGCUCUAUUCGUCAAGUCCCAACGAAAAUGGGAUUCUGCGCCACUUUCUACUGAAAACAUCGAUGCAUUCAAGAGACGAAUGCAAGAGUUUGGGUAUUCACCUAAACAUGUUCUUCCACACGGUAGUUAUUUAGUUAAUCUGGGAAACCCGGACGAGGAGAAGAGGCAGAAAUCAUUCAACUGCUUCCUUGAUGAUCUUCAGCGGUGCGAACAGCUUGGCCUCGAACUGUACAAUUUCCAUCCGGGCUCGACCGUUGGGCAGGCCACGAAAGAGGAGUCGAUAGCCCUGAUCGCUGAAUGUAUCAACAACGCGCACAAAGCAACAAAAUAUAUAACAAUCGUCAUCGAGAACAUGGCAGGUUCGGGAAAUGUCAUAGGCUCCCAGUUUUCAGAGCUGAAGGAAAUUAUUGACCACGUCGAGGACAAGACACGAGUAGGCGUUUGCCUUGAUACCUGUCAUGCGUUUGCUGCAGGAUACGACAUCUCAACAAAAGUUGGAUGGGACUCAACACUCUCCGCGUUCGACACUGAAGUUGGACUAUCAUAUCUCAAGGGGUUGCAUUUAAAUGACUCCAAAGCUGACCUCGGGUCAAAAAAAGAUCGACAUGAGAAUAUUGGACUCGGACAUAUUGGUAUUUCUACGUUCAGGUACAUUGUGUCCGACCCUCGGACACAAGACAUUCCUCUCAUUCUCGAGACCCCGACUUUCGAAGCAACAGAAAUAUGGACCAAGGAGAUAUCGGCUCUCAAUCGGCUCUCGAAUUUUGUUGACACCAGCAAGGUUGUAGAGACGGAACUGUCGUUGGUCAAUGAAAUCACAUUGUUGGUGCGAAGUCACGUAGCGAACAAGACGGAGAAAGGGAAUAAGACGGAGAAAGCGAACAAGACGGAAAGGGCGAGCAAGACCCGUACAUGCAAACGGAAUGCGACAGAGGAUCGAGAUCAUGACUGCGAUUAGGAAGUUUCGUUGGUUUGGGUGUCCGAUCAAUUUUAUCUUGCUGCUCCGCAAUUGAUUUUUCUAUUAUUACCUUCCCCCCUGUUCUCGCUGACGAUAAUCAUUGCGAUCUAAGCUGAGUCAGCUCAUUGUAUUUUUGUUCGCUGUUACCCUUCAAGGUUGCUUCGAGGAAUCCAUGGACAGCGAGACGCCAAGUGAUCAACAAGGAGCAACAUUCCACAUGGUCACAUUACUGAAGGCCAACACGAUAGGAAGCAAAAUAGCUCCAGAAUCAAACGUAUUUGGCAUGAAAGGAUAUCAUCCUUUUGUUCGAAGCCUCGUAUACCAAAAAGCACCAUAUUUCUUGCGCAGUCCCGGCCAUCGCGGAUUGCCGUCGUCAUGAUGCGAACAAGGCACAUUAUAAGCGUUCUAUCAGGCAGAUGCAGCCCCGGGCCGCCAACCU